AAGAACGAUAAGCGAACGCGUUUGGACGUGUCCCCAAAGAGUUAACAAGUUUUUUAGAGUUAAAUAUCAUACAGACCCCAAAUAUGACACCAGGUGAUCGUUGCGGUGGACCACCACGUCGUGGACCCAUUAUCAAUGUGCAGAUUGCACCCCGUUGGCCCCGGCGCCAUCAUCACAACAAUGUUGUCGUUGUGCAGACGCCGCCACCGCCGCCGCGUCCGGCGCCCGUUGUGGUUGUACAGCAGGCGCCACCACCACCGCGGCCAGCACCUGUUGUUGUUGUACAGCAGCAGCCGCCGCCGCCUUAUUACCAGCAGCCGCCAUCAGAUGGACACUAUCACAAUCCACCACCCCGCUACUAGAAGGAGGCGAAGCGUUCUCCUUUUCAUGAAUUUACGCAGCACAAAUAUUUCGUAGACCUGUAGACAAGCAUUGUUAGCACACAAGAAAUCACCUGAACAUUCGAAACACCUGGAAAAAAAUUAUAUAUAUGUACUAUAACUUAUCA